AGAUGACCUUACACUUACAGAAUUCCAUGCUUCUCUUUUACUGUAUGUAUAUGUGUUGGAAGGGCAUCUAAACCCAUCACCUACCACUGAUAACUCCACCCCUUCUUCUCCUUCUUAUUAUUAUCCCCCACCACUUUUUUCUGAAUUCUCUCAUGUCCUUUUACUCUACUCUCUGCAACAACAAGCAGCAGAGCAGAGGACAAUUUUCUUUGUCAUUCUUCUAUUUGUGUUUAUAUUAUAAAUAAAGCUUCUCUGUGCUGCUGGUGUCAGAAAGCUCCAUUUCAGCUUAAAUUCACACUUUCACAUUUUUGCUUCCACAGAAAAAAAAAACCCAGAUAGGAAAUAAACUCAUUUGGGCUAUAUAACUGGUUUUUUUUGGUAAUUGGGUUGAUCUGGGUUUUUACUAUAUGGGUUCUACUUGAUUGGGGUUUGUUUGGUCAGAGAUCUGAGAUUUGUUGGGUUACAAAAAUAUGGUGAAGGGGUUUCAAAGAUCUGAACUUUUUUGAAGCUGGCAUUUGGUGAUUACUUCCCUUCCAUCAUAGGAAGGCAUUGGAACAUCUGUAAAGAUGGCCACGGAUCUUAAUGCUGAAUUAUCAAAGAAAACUGCCAUUUUUGAUCUUAAGGUCUGGGAAGUAAUUGGGAUUGCAGUCGGGUUAUUUAUCGUAAUUAUCCUCUCUGUGCUGUCAAUGUGUCUUACUUCAAGGAAGAAAUCGAGGAGAGCUAGGGACAACAUUCCUCUUACCCAAAUCCCAACUGUUUCAAAGGAAAUUAAGGAAGUACGAGUGGAGCAAGUAUCAGCAGAAGAAUUUGUUCCUCGUGAUGGUAUUCUUCUCACCAUUCAUGAUAAAUCCAGUGAGAAAGAAUCAGAUAAGGUUUUAGUCCAUCUGGGUAUGGGGAAGGUGAAGAAUGGAGACAAUAGCAGCCAGUCAGGUUCAUUACAUCAUUUAGAGAAAGAUGGCGGCGGGUCUCAAUCUGGUGAUGAUUCUGGUAAGGUUACUGUGUAUAAGCCUUCCUCAUCAUAUCCUAUUACCGCUCCUUCCCCUCUAUCUGGCUUGCCUGAAUUCUCUCACUUAGGUUGGGGCCACUGGUUUACGCUAAGGGAUCUUGAUCUUGCUACAAACCGAUUUGCUAAGGAUAACGUUCUUGGUGAGGGGGGUUACGGAGUUGUUUACCGAGGGCAGUUGAUUAAUGGGACUCCAGUAGCAGUUAAAAAGAUCCUUAACAAUCUGGGCCAAGCAGAGAAAGAAUUUAGAGUGGAAGUUGAAGCUAUAGGUCAUGUGCGUCAUAAGAAUUUGGUUCGUCUUUUGGGGUACUGCAUUGAAGGGACUCACAGGAUGUUGGUUUAUGAGUAUGUCAACAAUGGAAACUUAGAGCAGUGGCUUCAUGGAGCAAUGCGUCAACAUGGAUAUCUUACUUGGGAGGCCCGAGUGAAGGUUCUUCUUGGCACAGCUAAAGCUCUUGCCUACUUGCACGAGGCCAUUGAGCCAAAAGUGGUGCAUCGAGAUAUCAAGUCAAGCAACAUAUUGAUUGAUGAUGAAUUCAAUGCCAAGGUAUCUGAUUUUGGUCUGGCCAAGUUGCUGGGUGCUGGAAAAAGUCAUGUCACAACUCGAGUUAUGGGAACUUUUGGAUAUGUUGCUCCUGAAUAUGCAAAUACUGGCCUUUUGAAUGAAAAGAGUGAUGUUUACAGCUUCGGGGUUCUGCUCUUAGAAGCGAUUACUGGAAGAGAUCCAGUGGACUAUGGUCGUCCUGCCCAUGAGGUAAAUCUGGUUGAUUGGCUGAAAAUGAUGGUUGGAAGCAGGCGAUCAGAAGAAGUUGUAGACCCAAAUAUUGAAGCCAGGCCAUCAACAAGAGCCCUUAAACGUGCUCUUUUGACUGCUUUGAGGUGUGUUGAUCCAGAUUCUGAGAAGAGACCUAAGAUGAGCCAGGUUGUCCGCAUGCUUGAAUCUGAAGAGUAUCCCAUACCAAGAGAGGAUCGAAGGCACCGAAGAAAUCAGGGGGGCAGCAUGGAGAUCGAGUCCCAGAAGGAAUUUUCUGACACUGAUCGGAGUGAUAACCCAGAUUCAAGAUCGAACAGCAGAGGGUACCAGCGCACAUAAUCAAACAAGCGAUCAUUUUAAGGAUCUAAAGGGAUUAUAUGAAGUGAGGGUAAUUCUUACAAUUUUUCCAACUCAUUGAAUUCUUGGGUUUGCCUACCUGGGCAUUGGAGAGAGAGAGAGAGAGAGAGAGAGAGAGAGAGAGAGAGAGAGAGGGUUGGUGGGGGUAGUAAAAAGGUGGUUCUUCAAUUUUUAUUUUUUCAUUUUUACUCUGGUUUCUUUUAGAUGGAGAGAUUAUUGUUUGUGUAUGAAAGUGGUGUGAAGAACCCAAACAAUGGGGUUGUGUACAGAAUUGGGUAGAUCUUAAAGUUGUUUGAGGAAUAUGCUGUUCCUUCUGUUUAAAAAGAAAAUACACACUGCUUUACCACCAAAAACAAAAAGCACUGCCUUUAUGAUUGGUUUAA